AUGGACACCAGAUCAUUAGAAGGGUCUGAGCCGUCAGCUGCCACCCAUGCGGCCAGCUGGGCUCAGCUGUGCCAGCCUUCAUCGACAGCAGCGCAGCUCUCGUCUGCUUCUGUGUCUUUUAACAGCCUGCAGCUGAAUGUACCUGCCCUGCCUACCACUUUCCCUUCAGCAGGCAUCUGGACCAAAUCACCAGAGACAUCGACGCAGGCGACGACGAGCCCUAAUGUCACAGAGCAGGCCCCUCCCCUUCCCAUCAAUCGCUUGACUCCUUCUUGCUCGCGCUGCCGCAUCAAAAAGCUGCGCUGCGAUCGGAAGCAGCCAUGCGGGCAUUGCAUCGCCCGAGGCCUGGAGGCCGGGUGCCACAAGGAUGAACGGUUGCAGAGAAAAUCGACCAAGAACUUGGGAGUGCUCCCCACAAAGGCGAGUCGGUCAGGGGAGACGAAGCAAUGCGCAGAAGGGACUUCGCAGCAGCAGAGUAUGGCAAAGAACGUGGCGGCAGUCAAGACGGCCGAGAACGCAAAAGCAAUUGCGAGAGGGAAACAAGGGGACAUUAUCACCGUAGAGGCUGCGAGAGAAGGCGCCGAACUCGAGGCGGCAGAUGCAGAGAUCCAUCGACUCCGCGCUCGCGUUGCCGAGCUUGAGCAGGCGGCGCUCAAGCCAUCGGGCCAGUUUCCGCCUGGCUCAUUUGCAUCGACAGUGACGUAUUGUCCCCAGCUCGCUGGCUCAUCGUCCGCCGGGAGGGCUUCUGUACCUUCCUGGCCGCCAUCAACGAAUGCGACUUCAUCAGUGCCUAGCUCGGUGGAGGACUCUUUUAAGUCGUCGAAGAGCCGGAGGCUGGCAUACGACAGAAGUCAGCCGGGUGCGAGGUCUCCUUUCGCCAACGCCGCGCCGCUGUUGCUGUCGCCUAGCCCGGUGGAAGCGGCUGCGGUCGCGCUUGAGUCCUUUGUUGCACCCGGGUCUAUGGCUGCGCUAGAGCCUCCAUUGGGCGCAGAAUGGAUCACUCCCUUCAAGUCGCUCGUGUCAAGCGCAGGACCCGAUGCACGCUUCAUCCCGCGCAGCGUUCACGCCAACAGCACCGUUGCCGAUGAUCAGCUCCACCCAUACUGGUGCCCUUCCUCGGCAUCUAUGCCGCACCUAGAACGCCAGACGAGACGUCAAGAGCUGAUUCAGUUACUCAAGAGGACCAAGGCGUCGCUGCCUUUUGUGCAAAUUGAAACUGAGCUUCUCUUGGUUUUCCGUAUUCGCGUCAACCAUAUCAUCGGGCAUUGUAUCUAUGUUCCACGGCUGCGACAGGAUCUCGCCGACGUUCGACAAUUGUCGGUACAUGCAUUAGCAGCGUCCCCCUAUGGUCAAGACCCGAGUCGCCUGGCGCUCAUUUGCAUGAUUCUCGCUGUGUCUUUCCGGAUCUACCCGGUGAAUAAGCCAGGAAUUCUGACAGACGAAGCAGCCUUCAACGCCAUCUCCUCGCUCAAACUACAAGGGCAAGAUGCGUCGCUCAAGUGGCACUCUCUUGCCUUGGAAUGCCUCGCCUUUGACAAGGUCUGGGAGUUUGUCUCACUCGCUGGUCUCCAGGCUGCAAGUCUGCUGUAUCUCUACUCACAAGAUUCUCAAGAAUUCUUGCAGGUGGUUCAUCGGUCAGCCAUUCAAAGCGCGAUUCACAUGGGCCUGAAUCGGCUGCCGGCAAUUGCAGCAGAAGGGGGUCCAGGCGAAGCGUUGCAGGAUCGAGUUCAGAAUUUUUUGCGGAGAGAGCUAGGAGUCAGGAUCUGGUGGAAUCUUACUGUGAAAGACUGGUGCAACGCCGCACGGACGUACACAUGCGCGAUCGAUGAGGACCAAGUAACAACCCGCUGGCCGCUGGACGUGUCGGACGCCAACAUUCAAGCCUACCUCGACGGACGCAGUGACAACGUUCGCAUGAACACACUCUCCCAUCUCGAAGAAUACAACGAGAUGAGCUUCGUCUUUGCCCAGCUUGAGCUCGCCUUCAUCUCCAAAGCAUCAGUCGAUCUCAUGAACAAGCAAUUCCAACAAGGCCAAGCAAGACUCGUGUGGAACGACGAGAACAAGGCAAAUAUCGAUGCGCAGCUGACUGCAUACAUGCGCCGCUUGCCGCACUACUUUAAGCCUGAAAGUACAGCCGUCUCACCUCCGCCCAUGGUCAUUCAACGCUGGCUCAUCAAUCAGCAGGUCUUUGACGUCAUGCUCAAGCUUCAUCGCUCAAAGCUUUCGACCCCAAAUGGCAGGGCCUCAUGCCUUGCACUGGCUCACAGCAUCCUUAGCUCUCACAAGCGGGUCAGGAAAGCUUGCCCCAUCAUCGACCACUUUUCCAUCAAUGAUCUGCAUCUGCUUGGCGCCACACUAGUCAUCAUGAUCGACCUCCGCCUUUCCGACGUUGGGACCAGCGAACGUCGUGAUAUUGUGGAAAAGGUUCGAGAGGUGUACCGAUCGCUUCAGGCUUCCGACAAGUCCUCAACGCGCGCUCUCGCCAUUGUACGGACCUUGCUGGCGGAAGAAGAGCGACACAGCCAGGCGAUGGAGGCAGGACCCUCACCGCCACGCUCGCUGGCUGAAAAGCACGCCGAUGUGCUCGAGCUGGCGAAUCGUACGGUCAAAGAAGCGGUCAAGUCUCAGUCGGCAGGACAAUCAGACGGUAGCCUGCUGGAGGUCUCGCAGAUAACACUUGGUGUUCUUCCGAUGGUGUGCGCGCCAUGGGGUCCGCCGUGGCCACCGCGUACAAAUUCUGAGGAGCGCGACGAGGACAUUGACAUCAUCCAAACAUUGCCACAACUCGCAUCGUCGUCGGUUUCUGGAUUGUCUCCGUUACCCAUGCUCCAGCAACCAGCCACGACUGCUGCUGCCAUGGCCACGGCCACACCAGACCAACUGUUCGAUUGGCUCUUGGCCGGCGAAAGACUCCCCGCUCCGCAACUUUGA